AUGGAUUCCGCGGCGGAGGACUCGCGCAACGCGGAUGGGGCCGGCGACGUCGACGACCUGAUCAGCGGCCUGCACGAUGACGUGCUCCUCCACAUCCUCGAGGCGGUGGCUCGGGCUCUGGGCGCGCGUUCCCGCGCUCCGCUUCGCCUCUCGCCCGCCGGCGGUGUCGUCCACCACAGCGACCUAGCGGUGCGCAGCCUUGGAGCGUCGUACCCAAUCCGGCUGCGCCGCCAUCGAGAGCCUGGCGAUCUCGUGUACCACGGGCUCCGAGCACCUGGAAGUCUGGAACAACUAAUAAUGCCGGCGUUGAUCGAUGCCGCGCAAGGGUGGAUCCGGUACGUUUCUCAGCAGGGUCUGAAGCGCUUCAUCCUGGAUCUAGAUUGCCAUGACGUCAAGAGGGAGUACGCCGGCAAGCAGGGUUGGAAAAAGGAGCUCGUGGUAGUGCUUCUUGACGAGCUUGCUAGCCCUCCAAGGCUGCUGGAGACCAUGCGUUUGGCAUUAGGUGGCGUAAGGCUCCGGCUCCCCGCCGCCACCACCAUGGAAUUCGUAUCGCUCAGGGAUCUCUCGCUCGAAAGGAUCACGAUCGCUGACGGCGGAGGUCACCUCCUUGCCUGCCUCGUGUCGUCGGCGAGUUGCCCGCGCCUGCAGAAGCUGCGCUUGAACAAGGUUUGGCUUUCUGAUGAUUUCAAAGAAGAGUUGCGGCUCCAAGCCGACGUGCUCUCGGAGCUGUGGGUGGAGGAGGUCUAUUCGGUGUCGCUGGAGCUGAGGACACACAGGCAAGUGCUUCCACAAGAAGGCGACUAG